AUGCUUAAAGAAUUGAAGCGCAAGAUUCACAGAUGCCCGUACUGUGCCUACAUUACUCCUUAUUCAAGUAACAUUUACAGGCAUGUUCGAUCACAUACCAAAGAUAAGCAAUUCAUUUGUCAUUUUUGUCUAAAGACAUUUGCAUCUGAAGAGAUUUGUAAAGCGCACACGGAUCAUUGUCCGAAAGAGUAUGGUUGUGAUGAGUGUGGUAUCAAGUUCAGUAGACAUUCUGAUUUUACUAAACAUUACUUAAAAAUUCACCAACAAGUUGAACAAUGUGAUACUGUUGUUGUACCUAAUGAUUACCAAACUGCCUAUAACUUCUGA